CUCUUGGGGACAUUUCACUCCGAAGCUGCUGUGGGACAAAUCUCAUGAUGAUUCUGUCUUUGUGGCCAUUGGUUUUUCUAGCGGGGCUAGCGAAAGGAAGGGAGGUGUGUUACAGCAGAAUUGGAUGCUUCACGGACAAUGUCCCCUGGGCUGGGACAGUAGAACGACCAAUAAGUCAGUUACCAUGGGCUCCAGAAAAGAUUAACACUCGUUUCUUAAUGUUCACAAAACAGAAUCCCACUAGCUUCCAAGAGGUCAGUGCCAUCAAUCCUUCUACCAUCUCUUCAUCCAAUUUCCGAACCAAUAGGAAAUCCCGAUUCAUUAUCCAUGGAUUCAUUGACAAAGGAGAAGAGGGCUGGUUGACCGAUAUGUGCAAGGCAAUGUUAUCAGUGGAAGAUGUGAAUUGCUUUUGCGUUGACUGGAGUGGUGGGUCUCGCACACUUUAUACCCAGGCAUCUAACAAUAUUCGAGUGGUAGGAGCAGAAGUGGCUUAUUUUAUUGAUAUUCUCUCGAGUAACUUUGGAUACUCUCCAUCUAAUGUUCACGUCAUCGGUCACAGUCUGGGAGCACAAGCAGCUGGAGAAGUCGGGAAGAGAAGGCGCGGAAUUGCAAGAAUAACCGGUUUGGACCCAGCAGAACCCUAUUUCCAGGGAACCCCAGCCGAGGUCAGACUGGACCCAUCAGAUGGUCUAUUUGUUGAUGUUAUCCACACAGACGCCGCUCCCAUAAUUCCCAAUCUAGGUUUAGGUAUGAGCCAGUUAGCCGGCCAUUUGGACUUCUUUCCAAAUGGAGGAGAAGAAAUGCCCGGAUGUGCGAAAAAUGCCCUUUCUCAGAUUGUUGACCUGGAUGGGCUUUGGCAAGGAACUCGAGACUUUGUUGCUUGCAAUCAUCUCAGAAGCUACAAGUAUUACACUGAAAGCAUCACCAACCGGGAUGGGUUUGUAGGCUUUCCCACCUCUUCAUACAGUUCAUUGAACUCUGGAGGUGGCUUCCCAUGUCCCAGUAAUGGCUGCCCUCUAAUGGGUCACUACGCAGACUCUUAUUCUGGCGUCACAUCAAGUAGCCAAAAGUUUUACUUGAAAACUGGAGACUCAAAGAACUUUUCACGCUGGAGGUACAAGGUGACUGUUCAGCUCACUGCCAGCCGAGAAACUUCGGGAUUUUUCAACAUUGCAUUGUAUGGAGCCUCUGCAAACACUCGGCAAUAUCAAAUUUACAGCGGAACCCUUAAAUCAGGAGCCUCUCAUACCGCAUAUAUUGAUGUUGAGACUUAUGUCGGAUCUGUCACAAGAGUGAAAUUUCUCUGGAACAAUAGUGUCCUAAACCCUCUCCUGCCUACCGUGGGUGCAACAUCGGUAACAGUGCAGUAUGGAAAGGACGGAAAGACGACUAGAUUCUGCGGCAACGAGAGUUUGAGAGAAAACAUCCUUCAGACGCUGAAUGCAUGUUAAAUCACAGUCACAUUGCUUCUAUGUUUGAAAUAAAGAUUUGUUUUGCAUACUGA